AUUUGAAUUUUUGAAUUUUUAUUUUCUUUUCCCCCCUCUGACUGUCGCUCCUUGCGCUUCCUCGCCUUCGAGGAGCAAAAGCCCAGAAACUUGCUUGUCGCCUGGAGUCGCAUUUUCAUCGUGUCACGUUGUUUUGGCAACAGAGGACUUUCUUCCCCUCCACAAGUCACUUUUCCUUGUCUCCUCCUCAGUGGCUGUCCUCGAGCAACGUCAUUGUUAUUAUUAACGUGAUCUUACAGCAUACAACCACUCUCUACGCGACUCGCGCCGCUCCACACUGUCGUUAUCGCGAUUGUUUGUGGUUGAUUGUCACCUCUUCCCACGGUUAGCCUGAAGGUUUCCAACUGGUCGGUUGGUGAACUAAUUCCAUCCCGGACCGGAUUCGCCUGCCAUCUCGAGUCCUCCCUCUGCCGCCUCGAUUCGAGAGCUUGACAGUCCAAAUAUGGCCACGGCUCCGGCUCUUACACGCGGUUGAAUGCCAAUGUACCGAUUAUUCCUCGCCUACGGAGCAGUUAUCCCAGCGUUUUGUGGGUCCAGCUUUCCCCAGUGCCACAUCCCCACCCGAGCGGGCGCAACAAUCCAGUCUUCCGCAACCGUGCAGUGUGCAUGGUGAAUAUCGCCAUCGAGGCCGCUGCGGUUGUCUUGAGCGUGGUUUCAUCGCUGUCGGUUGCUGUAAUUGACUAGAAGUGAAUUUGAAUUUUUCUUCGGUUCCCUUUUCUCCCCGUGCGGCUUGCUUUCCAGCGGUCUGCUCCUCUCCCGUCCUCCGUUACCGCCAUUCUACAUCGCUGCGAUGAGUCGAGUCCUCGAACCCCCAUCAAGAAAUCCUUUCACAAGGCCAGUGGAGAUGUCGACCGAACCCAGAACCAUCCCCGUCCUCUCUGCCUCUAUCUCGCCCUCCGACCCUUCCCCAGGUGAUCCUAUGGACGUCAGCCCGCCCGCUUCCGCUGCAAUGGGCCCGCCGUCGCAAAGCAGCCCUGAAAUUGAGCAAGCGCCGACCAAUCAUACCAAUGGGAAUAUAGCAGAAUCAAAUGCAUCCCAAAACAAUGCCUCUGGACAACCCACUGGUGCUGCAGCUGCGGCACAGCAGCCCAAAGUGGUACAAACGGCAUUCAUACACAAGCUUUACAGCAUGCUGCAAGAUCCGAGCAUUCAGCAUUUAAUAUCCUGGUCGAGCUCAAACGAGAGCUUUGUCAUGUCCCCAUCGUCGGACUUUUCAAAGGUUCUCUCACAAUAUUUCAAGCACACGAAUAUUUCCUCGUUUGUUAGACAAUUGAACAUGUACGGGUUUCACAAAGUGAGCGAUGUUUUCCAUACCGGUUCGCCCGAUUCGCCGAUGUGGGAGUUUCGACAUGGAAAUGGAAGUUUUAGAAAAGGAGACUUGUCAGGCUUGCGCGAAAUCAAAAGGCGCGCGUCAAGACAUGCAUUGAUCCAUCGCGAUUCGUUCUCAGCGCAUAAGAACAACAACGCCUCUCAACCAGGCACCCCUGCAGAGACCGUCCCAGAGGUUCCCGACCGAGUUGUCAAUCUCGAACAUUCCCUCUAUGAAGUGCACUCGCGACUAACUCGUAUGGAAGAUCAGCACAGUCUACUGAGCUCAAGAUGCCAAGCACUCACAGAGAGUUUAAUCCGUUGUCAUCAGUGGAUAAACUUGAUGUCUCGCUUUAUCACAUCACUGGUUCCAGAUGCAGAUAACCCCAUUCACCGAGAAGCCGCCAAUAUGCAACGAGAAGUUGCCAGACAGCUUGAACUUGCGCGUGCACCCGAAUCGCCGAAUGAUGUGCUCAUGCCGGGACGACAGCCUUAUUUCCAAAACUUGACCGUUGAUACCGGCCCUCCGCUAUCUCCCCGCCAAGUUGCUGAAGACUCUCGAAGAGCCUCUCUUGCUCGCCCACCAAUACCGCCCCAUAUCUCUAUCUCCCCGCAUCGAUAUGGGUCUAUUGGUGGCGCGAGUAAUUCUGCUAGUUAUACUAGGCCGCAAGUCUCACCGCACCCGUCGGGACCACACCCUCUGUCUGUCUCCUCACCACCCGGCGCAAAUAUGGGUAGACGUCAUACUUCAGCCGAUAUUCGGCAGCAUGGCUGGCCAACUCCCGGGCCUUCGCCAUUUUCCGCUGGUGCAACGUCCUUUCAGUGGCCAUCGUCACCUCAACGAGCACCCAAUGCAGCUGAUCAACAGGUCCGCGAUGUGCUCGCCAAAUAUGAAAUGGGGAAACCACGACAACAGCCAGGUACUCCAAGACACGCGACGCCACCGCUAUCACUAGACCCCGCCCAGCCUUCGGAAGGUGGAUGGCCGACUGGAGGUUCCAAAUUUCUCCGUCCUACAGAGUCCCUUCCAGCAACGAGACGAUCAAGUAUGGCUAGCAACGUGCAUUCUCUCCUCAACCCAGCGGAGACUAGAGAACGUGCAGAGGAAGAGGAUGCUGCAACAUGCGAGGAUCGGAAACGCCAGCGACUUCAUCGAGCCACCUGCUAUUUGGAAAAUGCGAAUUAUAUCUCAAUAUAGUCGCAUGCCAACCAGCUCUGUCCCAUGAAACUAUGACUUGAUUAUUCAAUGCAGGGUUCAUAAGCCAUGUUUGAAUACCCUACAUCUGGCUUUCGUCGCAUGUUUUCAUGCUGUACUUGUGUGUGGACUAAACCACAAAAACACGCUCGUUCCAACCCUGAAUGAAAGGUGAGAAGUGGCCAGUCGCUGUUGCUGACUAACCACAAUCUGCUCUUAUCCUGCCAAACUGUUAGGGGGUUCCCAACAUUGUUUUCUUCUAUUUUCAUUUCUCAAAAUUUCUUGGUCUCCAGUCACCAACAAUGUGCCGCCUCGCUAUCAGACUUUUUUCCCCUGUAA